AUGCUGAACUGCAUCGACAACUCGGGUGCGGCUAUUGUGGAAUGUGUCGCAGUCAUGAAAAAGAAGACACAGCCUGCCAAAAUCGGCGACCGGAUAAUCGUGGUGGUGCAGAAACAGAGGAGCUUUGGUCCUGACAAUCCGGGAGGAACAAGCUUGGGCAUUUCCAACAAGGUCCGAAGAGGCGAUAUCCGACAUGCGGUGGUAGUCAGGGCGAGAAAAGAAGAGCAGAGAAAAGACGGCACACUGAUCAAGUUUGGUGACAACGCAUGUGUGCUCAUUCAAAAGAACGGCGAUCCCAUCGGAACGAGAUUAUCGAGUAUUGUCGGUGCCGAACUACGAGAUAAGAAGUGGUCCAAGAUACUGUCAUUGGCACCCAUGCACAUUUGA